AUGCUCCUGUUGCCUCUCCGGGGUUGGUGGCUGCUGCUGCUGGUGCCCCUGCUCUUUGGCACCUACACGGAGAGCAAGCUCGGGAGUUUCCGCCUUGGCAUCUAUCCUAAAGUGACAGAUCACCCUGACCAGCAGUGGCUUUGGCAAAGACUGGACCAUUUUGAUAAAAGACACUCUGAAUUCUGGAGACAGAGGUUUUUUGUCAAUGAUAGGUUCUAUAGACCAGGUGGCCCAGUUUUCUUAGAGCUUGGAGGAGAACAAUCUGCUGUCGAUUCAUGGACAAGUAGCUCUUCCUUGUUAAGAUAUGCUAAAAGAAUGGGAGCCAUGUAUAUUUUGCUAGAGCACAGAUAUUACGGUAAAAGCCAUCCAACCGAGGAUAUUUCUACACACAACCUUCGCUUCCUCAGCAGCAGGCAAGCCUUGAAAGAUGCUUUAUACUUCCGGAAAUUUCUUACACAUAAACUAAGACUGUUUAGAAACAAAUGGGUUGUUUUUGGUGGUUCUUAUGCAGGCUCCCUGGCUGCCUGGUUGAGGGAGAAACAUCCUAGGAUGUUUCAUUCAGCAGUAGCCUACAGUGCACCUAUCUAUGCAAAGGCUAAUUUUUCUGAAUACCUGGAAGUCGUCCAAAAUGCCUUGUUUAGACACGGUCAUUCUGAGUGUGUAGACGCCGUCAGGAACGCUUCACAGGUUCUGAUGCAUAUGCUUAAACAUAAGAAAUACCACUCUGCCAUUUCAAAUGAUUUUAGAUUAUGUGAAAGGUUAAAUAUUGACUCAGAAGUGAAAAUGUCCUAUUUCUUGGAAACUCUUAUUACCAAGAUUUCUGCUAUUGUUCAAUACAAUAAAAAGAGGCCUUGGGAUCAGGACCCAAAUUAUAAUUUUGAAGACGAGGUGACAGAAUCUGAUGUCAGUAUUAAUUAUUUCUGCCAAGUAAUGACUGAUAAGUCACUUGGAACACCAUAUGAGAGAUAUGCACGGUUUUUUGUUAAGACUCUUGAAAGCCCUCAACACUGCUUGGAUGCAAAUUAUGAAGGAUUCAUAGCAAGUGUGAGUCGUCCUGAAUGGGAUGGAGAAGCUGCAGAAGGAAAUUUUGGUGAUGUUAAUUGUCUAAGGGUCAGGAAGGCUACAAGAGAAGCACGUGUAGACUUGAGUGGAAGAGCAUGCUUUAGCAAAGAGAAGAAGCGUAUCCGAUACAUUAAUCCAAUGAGAGGCCAAUUCCAAUCGUCAAACUAUUAUAUUGAUCAAUGUGAAGCAAUAUUUGACUUGGGAUUAGAUGUUUAUUCAGUGCUUGAAUCUGUUGAUGAAACCAACAAAUACUACUAUACGCCCUUAAUCAAGAAUGGCAGAAGAAUCCUGUUUGUUAAUGGUGACAUUGACCCUUGGCAUAUAGUUCCCACUGUGAAGCGAUGUUUGAAAACCAAAAGAAUGAUCCAGAGAAUCUCAAAGCCGCACGACAUCUUAUCUUCAGCACCCUGCUCAGAUGGCUAUCUAAAAGGAGGCACUGAAAUGAGAGGGAUUGAUGGUAUCCAAAGACUGGCCUCUGAAUGCAUUACCUGA